CGAGGGAGGGGGGCUGCAGAAUUAAUGAAUUAAAAAAGGCCCAGAGACAGAAAGAAUGCGACUGAAUAGUUUUUCAUUUCCAAUUUAGAGAGAUAGAAGCCGAGAGAGGAGGAAGCCUCAACAAGCGUCCAGAUCUUACAGAUUUGCAAAGACUCAGCCGCUGGUGACCGCAGGAGAUUCGGGUCUCUUUUCACAGUUUAUUCGGUAACAUCCGAGCGACAGCGGGACCGACUGACUCUUGCUCCGAUUUCUGUCAUCCUUUAUUUUACUGUCAAUUUACGUCUAAUAGAACGCAGGUUCUUUUUCAAUACAGUAACUUGGAUAUUAUGUUGAGAUCGGAAGGAGGAAAAUGAUUUUAAGGAUGGGAAGUCUGUGAUAUGAGCAGACGCUAGCAGUCCCAUGCGUGUCAGCUCACCGCGGUACUCAUGACGAUCCGCGUUUGUCUCGUUUUUGCACUUCUGUGGUCUUGAAAGUUUAAAUAAAUCAAAUAUAAAUUCAGGCCAGCGAGUGGGAAAAUAUCAACGAAUAGUGAUGACGUCGGCCACGCCCCCCUCGUCGCGUAGCUCCUCCCCUCAGAAGGUGUGUGAUUCUCAGACGCAAACGGAGGCGCUGAAGCCGCUGCUGGGCGGGGCCGCCGCAGUGCGGAGGCGGAGACGCGUGCUCUCCAAAGACGGCCGGAGCAACGUGCGCAUCGACCACGUGAGCGGCCGGGGGGCGCUGUACCUGCGCGACCUCUGGACCACCUUUCUGGACAUGCAGUGGCGCUACAAGCUCUUCCUGUUCUCCGCCACCUUCGCCGGGACCUGGUUCCUCUUCGGCCUGCUGUGGUACCUGGUGGCUCUCGUCCACGGGGACCUGCUGGAGUUUGAUCCUCCCUCGAACCACACGCCGUGUGUGAUGCAGGUGCAGACUCUGACCGGCGCCUUCCUCUUCUCGCUGGAGUCUCAGACCACCAUCGGCUACGGCUUCCGCUGCAUCACUGAGGAGUGUCCCGCCGCCAUCCUGCUGCUCAUCCUGCAGCUCGUCAUCACCAUGGUGAUGGAGAUCUUCAUCACCGGCACCUUCCUCGCCAAGGUGGCUCGGCCUAAGAAGCGCGGGGAGACGGUGAAGUUCAGCCAGCACGCCGUGGUGUCCAGCCACGAGGGCCGACCCUGCCUCAUGAUCCGUGUGGCCAACAUGCGCAAGAGCCUGCUGCUGGGCUGCCAGGUGACGGGGAAGCUCCUGCAGACGUCUCUGACUCAGGAAGGUGAGACGGUGCGUCUGGAUCAGAGGAACGUCCCUUUCCAGGUGGACACCUCCAGCGACAGCCCCUUCCUCAUCCUCCCCCUCACCUUCUACCACGUCAUCGACGACAGCAGCCCUCUGCGCGCCUGGGCUGCCAAGGGCGGGGGAUGGACGGACCCUGAGCUCGCCGACUUCGAGCUGCUGGUGAUUAUGAGCGCCACGGUGGAGCCCACCUCUGCCACCUGUCAGGUGCGCACGUCCUACCUGCCGGACGAGAUCCUGUGGGGGUACGAGUUUCCCCCCGUGGUCUCCCUCUCCCCCUCCGGGAAGUACGUAGCAGACUUCUCCUUCUUUGACAAGGUGGCCAAGACCAAGACCCCACCCCUCUUCAAACAGGCCCCGCCCUCCAGCCCGCCUCCACACCGUUACCCUGGCAGCAGAGGGGGCGUGGUGGAGGGGGCGGAUCCAGAGAAGCUGCGUCUGGAGCAGAGCUACAGGGAGAGAGGAGAGGAGAGAGGCAGGGUGAGAGACAGCAGCCCUCUCAGUGUCCGAAUCAGCAACGUAUAG